AUGCCUCCAUAUUUAACCGGAUUCUAUCUAUUCGUGAUAAUUCAUUUGGUGCAAUCUCAAUCUGAUUUAGAUCGAUGCGCUAUUACUUGUUCCCCAGAUAAAUGUCAAUGUGUCGGACCUCCAGGAAUGUUGGGACAACCUGGUCCUAUGGGUGUACGUGGUGCUGAAGGACCACCGGGUGAUCAAGGUCUAGUAGGACUUAUUGGAACUCAAGGUGAAAAAGGGGAAAAUGGUAUUCCUGGUAUACAAGGCCCACAAGGUGAAAAGGGUUUACCUGGUGAACCGGGUUAUGCUGGUGAAAAUGGGGAUAUCGGUCAUCCUGGUACACGAGGAAUUAAAGGUGAAAAAGGCGAUAAUGGAUGUGACGGGGAAGCGGGAGAAUAUGGUGAACAAGGUGACAAUGGAGAACCAGGUGUAGUAGGAUUACCAGGAGAACCAGGAAUUAAAGGUCCCAAAGGAUACACUGGAGGAUCCAGACAAGGACUAAUGGGUGAAAAAGGAGAGCCUGGUGAUGUCGGCCAACCUGGAGAAGAUGGUAUACCAGGAUCUCCAGGAGAAGAUGGUGAGCCUGGUCCACGUGGACCUCCAGGAGAACAAGGUGCUCGAGGUUUAAUGGGUGAUUUUGGCCCUAAAGGUGAAAGUGGAGUUUACAAUUACACAAAUAUAAUUCCUGGAGAUCGAGGGGAACCAGGUAUACCUGGAGAAGAUGGUUAUCCUUGUGAAGGUAUGGAUCGUGAUUUUACUCCAGAGGAAAUAAUCAGUUUUACAAGAGGUAUUACAGGAGAAAUAGGUGAAGCCGGUCCGAAAGGUGAUACUGGAGAACCAGGUGAUACAGGUGACAUGGGUUUAGGAGGUGAAACUGGAGAAAUUGGUGAAAAAGGCGAACCUGGUGAGCCUGGAAUAGAUGGUGAUCCAGGAGAAGACGGUGAUAUGGGACCAAUUGGACAACCAGGUAACUUGGGUGCUGAUGGUCCACCUGGCCCUGAAGGUGCAGUUGGUGAAAAAGGCGAUAGAGGUGUACACGGACGUGAUGGUUUACAAGGUGAUCCAGGAGAGGCUGGAAUUCCUGGGAAAGCCACAUGUCCAAUCGAGUUUACUCCAAAAGGUGAAAAAGGUCUGCCUGGUUAUCCUGGUGAAAAAGGCACUCCUGGUGAUCCUGGACUACCAGGGGAACAAGGUGAAAAAGGUGUUCCUGGCGAUGAAGGUAUUAAAGGAGUAAGAGGAAGUCAAGGGAAAAUCUGUGAAGCUGGUCCACAAGGUCCUAUGGGUCCAAAGGGUUGGUAUGGCAAAGGUGGAGUACAAGGAAUACCAGGUAUCGAUGGAGAUCCAGGAAAACCAGGAGAAAGAGGCUUACCUGGAGAUGAUGGUUUUGGUCAGUUAGGAGAAGCUGGAGAAGUCGGUGUGGAAGGUUUACGUGGACCGAAAGGCGAGACUGGAGAUGAAGGGGAACCUGGAGAAAAAGGAUACGGAGGAGAUAGUUUAGUUGGUCCAGUUGGUCCACGAGGUGAACCUGGUGAUAAUGGAGUUGAUGGUGUACCUGGAAAUGUAGGCGAACCUGGUCCUCCUGGUCUCAAAGGAGAACCCUUGUCUGUCUGUCCACUAUGUAGAGAUGGAGACAUUGGUUCACGCGGAGAAAUAGGUGAUCCAGGUGAAGAUGGAGAAAAAGGCGCAAAUGGAGUACCAGGAGAUAGAGGGGAUCCUGGAAGAUUAGGCGAAGAUGGACCAAUUGGUUUACAGGGCACUAAAGGUGAAAAAGGUCGUAGAGGUGAAGAUGGUUAUAAUGGGGAUCCAGGAGACGUGGGCGAGUCGGCUAUUGUAUCUAGAGUUGUAGAAGAUGUUAUCCCUGGAGAUGAAGGCGAUGAAGGUCGUGAAGGUAGUGUUGGUGAUAUCGGCGAUCGAGGUGAUGAAGGCGAACCUGGUCCUGAAGGAGAUGAAGGUCCUAAAGGACAGAUGGGUAUAGAAGGUGAACAAGGACCAAUUGGUGAUGUUGGCGAUGAUGGAGAUGAUGGGGAAGUUGGUGACAACGGUGAAGAUGUCAAGGGAUUAGUUGGUCAGUUGGGUGAAAGAGGAGACGAAGGAUUAAUAGGAGAAAAAGGCGAAAAAGGAAUAGCUGGAACUAUGACAAAUUGUACAAUUGACUGGAGACAAAUAACAGCUAAAAAUGAAUCUGAUUUAAUCGGUGAUCGAGGCGAGAAAGGCGAUGAUGGAGAUGUCGGUGAAAAAGGUUCUACAGGUGUAGAUGGUCCAAAAGGUGAAGUUGGUCAAACAGCACCACCAUCUGAACGAGGUGAAACUGGUCCUCCAGGUCCAGAUGGUGAAAAAGGAGAACAAGGACCACCUGGCAUUGAAGGCCCUCAAGGACUACAAGGUGAUCCUGGACUGACAAUAGAUGGUGAAGAAGGAGAAUUGGGUGAACAAGGUCCUGAUGGUCCUAAAGGCUAUAAAGGCGAAGAAGGUGACAUUGGUGAUACUGGUGACACACCAGAACUAACUAAAGGUGAAGCUGGUCCCGAUGGAGAACCUGGAUCUGAAGGUGAAGAAGGCGAACCGGGCAUUCCUGGUGAGAAAGGAGAACCUGGAGCAGAAGCCGGUAGACAAGGUGAACCUGGUAGUCCUGGAGAGAAAGGAGAUCUAGGACCGAAAGGUCUACCUGGUCCUAAAGGAGAACCUAGCACAGAUAUGGAGCCCGGAGAUCCAGGUCCUCAAGGAGAAACUGGUUUAAUUGGUUCUGAUGGAGAAAAGGGUGCAGUUGGCGAUGUGGCAGAAUGUAAUGAAGCUGGCUUAUCUGGUGAUCCUGGUCCUGAAGGACCUGCAGGAGAAGUGGGUCCAGUUGGUGAAGAUGGGCUACAAGGAGAAGAUGGUGAUCCUGGACCGGAGGGUGAACCAGGUCUUAGUGGUGAACGUGGUGAACCUGGAGAUGAUGGAAUUGAAGGCAUAAUUGGUUUAACUGGAAAGAAAGGUGAAACAGGAGGUGUUGGAGAUGUAGGUGAAAAAGGUUCUCCUGGUCCAGAAGGUGAAAUUGGAGAUGUCGGUCCACAAGGUCCACAAGGUGCAGAUGGUCCUCAGGGAGAAGUUGGUGAUAUUGGACCACCUGGUCAGUCUAUAGAAGGAGAACAAGGCGACAUUGGUCCUGAUGGAUUUGAAGGAGAGCAGGGUGCUAAAGGAGAUGCUGGUCCAGAUGGUGAAGAUGGUGAACCAGGUAGUAUAGCUGAAGAUCUUCCUGGAAUAAAAGGAGAGCCUGGUCCCUCAGGAGAGGAUGGAGAACCAGGUGAAGUUGGAGUGGAUGGUGCUGAUGGAGAACCUGGCCUAAAAGGUGAUGAAGGUAUCAUGGGAGAAGUUGGACCGAAGGGUUCACAAGGUCCACGUGGAAAAAUUGGAGCAGUUGGUCAAGAAGGUCCACAAGGUGUUAAAGGAAGAAUAGGUGGUGAAGGUGAAAUUGGCCCAGAUGGUGAAAAAGGUGACAAAGGAGAAAUAGGUGAAAGUGGUCCACCAAGCAGUGCAAUUGUUGGACAAAAGGGUCGAGAUGGAUUAGAAGGACUACAAGGAAUAGAUGGUGAUAUUGGUGAAACAGGGGAGAAAGGAGAGACAGGUAUACCAGGAGAAGAGGGUGAUCAAGGAGAAGAAGGACCUAUUGGUGAGGUCGGAGAUAUUGGCGAAACUGGUCCAGAAGGUGAAUUGGGACCCCAAGGAAAUGAAGGUCCAUUAGGCGAAGAAGGUUCUGAAGGAGAUAUUGGAGAGAGAGGAGAAUACGGACCAUCAGGAGAAAAAGGUGAUCGAGGUAUUCAAGGUGAUAAAGGUGAACCAGCUAAAGAUUGUCCUGAUGGUCUGAAAGGCGUUGAAGGACCAUUAGGUCCACCAGGUUUACCAGGACCUCAAGGACCUACAGGAGACCCAGGAUUACCUGGAUUACGUGGAAAAGACGGUCCCCCAGGAGUUGGAGUAAUUGGAGCUCCUGGAGAACCUGGUGAUACUGGACACGUUGGCUUACCAGGAGAAGCAGGUGAACCUGGUGAUCAAGGCCCUGAAGGACCUUCUGGUUUAGCUGCACUUACUGGAGAACAAGGAGCUAAAGGAGAAAGAGGAUUACCAGGAGAUAUUGGAGAUCCAGGGUGGAUGGGUACAGAGGGAGUAAAUGGAAUAGAUGGUAUUGUUGGAGAAAAAGGUUUUACUGGGGAUCAAGGAGCAUUUGGUGAUCGUGGAGAAGUUGGUGAUCAGGGUGAGAUAGGCGAACCUGGUAUUGAAGGUCCGAAAGGAACCUCAGGAAAGGCGAUCACAGGAGAUCUUGGUGAAAUAGGUGACCCUGGUGAACCUGGAGAUCUUGGGGAUCAGGGUGAUCCAGGACUUGAUGGAGAAGCGGGUGAAGAAGGUGAUGUCGGUGAUAAGGGAGAGAAGGGUCAACCUGGGUUGUUGGAAGGUGAAAGAGGUGAAAUAGGAAGUGAGGGUGAACGAGGAGAGAUUGGAGAAGUAGGACCUCCAGGUAUGGUUGGUGAAGUUGGACCUAAAGGGAAAGAUGGUGAAAAGGGGCAACCAGGUCAAACAAAUUACUCGUCUAUACUAUUUGCUCGUCAUUACCAGACACCAUUCGUUGAUGAGCUUGCAUGUCCAUCAGGUACAAACAAACUGUUCACUGGUUAUAGCUACGUUAUGGGAGGUGGUGUAGAUGAUCUAGUCAGCAUGGAUUUAGGUACACCAAGUUCAUGUUUAUCCAAAUUCAGUUCACUUCCUAUGACCCAGUGUGAAAGAGAUACAACUUGUCAAUCAAGUAUGCGACAUGAAAGAUCCUAUUGGCUGGCUACAUUAGUACCGCGUUCAGAACAACCAAUUCCAGUUGAUCAAACAGCUGAUCAAAUUGCUAGAUGUGUUGUCUGUGAAGCUCCUGCACAUGUCUUUGCUUUUCAUAGUCAAGGUGAAACUUUACAACCAUGUCCAAACACUUGGACUGAAUUAUGGACUGGAGUUAGUUUAAUACUUCAUACCUCUGGAGCUCACGGAGGUGGUCAACAGUUAUCUUCACCUGGUAGUUGUAUGGAACACUUCCGGUAUUCACCAGUUAUUGAAUGUAACAAUAAUGUAGGCAUGUGUCAUUAUUGGUCAGAUGCUAAAGUCUACUAUUUACGGGCUUUAAAUCCAAAUAUUACACAGUUUGAAAAACCAGUAGGUUUUGUAAUGAAAGCCGCUGAAGGACCUGUGUUGAAUAAUGUUAGCAGAUUGAUCCUUGAAUUUCUGCAAAUUACUAUUAUUUAA